UAUCGCAAGUUCCGCCGCCUGAUAUCCUCCAACCGCAAGUUUCGCCGACUGAUAUCCUCCAACCGCAAGUUUUGUCGCCUGAUAUUCUCCGACCGCAAGUUUUGUCCCCUGAUGUCCUCCGACUGCAUGUCAUCCAGCACUAACUAGGAUUUGGAUGCAGUGUAAGGAGUGCAAAUUCUCGCACCCUAAUCGGGAUACUCUCCUCAAGCAUUACAGACUUUGCCACUACCGGGGACGCUUCUGGCCACUGCCGUGCCUGUACACAGACUGCUGCUGUACUUUCAAAACAAGCGGUGGGUUAAAAUGCCACCUUUCAAGAGUACACACACAGUACAGAAAAACUGAAGUAGAAGUCACCUUUUUUUGUCAAGUGUGUGACUUUAAGGACAUCUGUGCCCCAAAGAAAUACAUAGCCCAUCUAAGGACUCAUUUGAGGCAGCAUGUGACUGUAUAUUGUCCUUUCAAAGACUGUGAAUUCACAAGUACUGUGCUUUCAACAUUCAGUAGUCAUAUAAGCAGGAGGCAUAACUCAUACAACCUUAAUGAUUUUCGAGCAUCUGUAACAUCCUCAACACCUCAACCAACUAAUCCAUCAGAACCAGAUGAAGAAUUUCCACCUGAGAUCAAUGUUCUACAGCAUCCUUCUGAGGUAGAAAGCAGCUCAUACGUAGAACCUGCAGACAGUUCUACAGUUGAACACAAACUUGCAUCCUUAUUUCUUUACAUGCAAACUGUUUUACAUAUUUCUAAAAGUGCAACUCAGCAAAUUAUAAGUGGUUUUACUGAUAUUGUGUCACUCUCCAAAUUUACAGCCACGCAAUCAAUCAGAGACGUUCUUAAAACCUUUCCAAGUUGUACUGAGUCUGUUAUAGAAGAACUAACAGAGCGCAUUUCAGACUCAAUAUACAACACUAACCCUUAUCUUCUAGCAACAUCAGAAAAGGGCAUUCUCUCAACAGAAUAUCGAAGGAUAAAAUAUUUUAAAGAACAUUUUAAAGUUAUUGAUCCUGUUGAGUAUCUUUACGAUAGAAAACAUCAGAACACUUUUGUGUAUGUUUCAUUGUUUGAAGUCCUUGAAGUUUUGCUCAACAGACCAGAUGUCUUGGAAAAAGUGUUUUUUGACGAAGACUGCCUACCCGGACAAUAUAGAUCUUUUCGGAAUGGGCAGUAUUACAAACUGAACAAACUUUUAGGUGGCCAGAGAAACUGCCUUUCUCUUGGUCUUUACAUAGAUGACUUGGAAGUCUGUAAUCCACUAGGUACUUCAAGGAAAAUACACAAGAUAACAGCAGUAUACUGGGUGCUCCAAAACUUACCUGCUAAGUUCCGUUCAACUCUUCCAUCAAUACAACUUGUCCCUUUUGAGUUAUCCAUUUGUCUGAAAGAACUGAUCUCAAGAAGUUACUUUAGUCCUGAUAUUCUCAACAGCCGCAUUAGUCAUUUCCCAUAUAAGCACUCUGACAAAGUAAACAGGCCCCAAAGAAUAUCCAAGGCCAGCUUUUCAAAAGGCAACUAUAGGUGGGAAUGGGCAUGAGAAUUGGACUUUGCUGCGGCUACUGCCCUUACUGAUUGGUCAUCUUGUACCAGAAAAUGAAGCCUCUUGGGAGAUCUUGAUGGACCUGAAAGAGAUAGUUGAGUUGAUUGCAUCAGCAGACUUUUCGGAUGCCAUCUUGGCUUUCCUCGAAAGGAAGAUUACUGACUGCAGGGAGUUGUUCAGAGAGACCUUUCCGGACCUGAGAUUAAGACCAAAACACCACUUUGUGGAGCACUAUCCCCACUUGAUUCGAUGCUUUGGUCCAUUAAUAGACUUAUGGACCAUGAGAUUUGAGGCCAAGCACAGUUCUUUCAAAAAGAUUGUGCAUGAUGUCCACAACUUCAAAAAUAUUCUGCUCACACUUGCAAACAAGCACCAGCUAACAAUGGCCCAUUACCUAGAUGGUCCAAGCCUCUUUUCACCUCCCUUGUCAGUGCAGAAUAUUAAAACAGUUAGCUCAUUUAGCUUGGACAUCCCACAAAGGAGUGCAGUGAAAAACAAAUACCUGCACCUGUCAGUGUUGUCCCUUGCUUCAGAUGUACAUUUGCAUGGAACCCGCUACAGUGAAGGCAUGGUUUUGUGUGCAGGGGAAUGCAGCGGCUUACCAGAGUUCUUGAAACGUGUUAGUAUUCUUGUUCAUUCCCAAAGUAACAAGGUUUCCUUCUUGUGCAGGAAGCUUUCUUCAUGGUAUAUUGAACAUCUUAGGUGUUACGAGGUGUCUGAAACUGCUGACCUAGAAAUAGUUGAGCCAGAAGACCUGAAUGAUAACACUCCCCUAACGUCUUAUGCUGUCCGGGGAAAGAUAAUCAUCUCCCUGAAGAGGUUCCUCCUUCACUGAAAGCUAGAUUUUGGGACCAGUUGUAGUUGUGUUUGAAAUGCUGGUUCAGAUGUUCAAAGAAAACACUGUUCUAAACAGUUAAAAACUACCUUAUUUGAUAUUCUUAAUAUGUAUUUUGAAAUAUAAAUUGAUAAAUUAUGAUAUUGGGUUGCCCCAAAUGUCAGUUGUUCAAAACAAAAGCAAAGAUGUGUGUGUAUAUAUAUGGUCCCGUUGUAGUCACUGGAGACACAUUCUAAGGUGUUAAAAGACAUGCUCAGACUUGUCCUGUGUAUUUUGUGACCUUGCUCUAGCGUACAAAUGAUUGUUUUUCAGAUCAUGCUGCUACGUGUUGUCAUUUCCCCUGAUAACAUCAGAAGAGUGGAUAUUUCAGAAGACCUCGAGUCUGUCGAACAAUUGAAGGGGAUUCUUAAAGAAAGACUCCAACUCGAAGGCGACUUUUCAAUUCAGUUUGAGGACCCUGACUUUGGGAAUGAACUUGGUAAUUUGACGGACAUCAGAGAGCUUCCUCCAGACAGAGCUGUACUGAAGAUCCUGUCGAAAUCCUUCGGCCCAACAGAAUCACCGGCCUCUACCUUUUCUGGACUGGAUUCUGAUAGCAUGUCAUCUCCAUCCACCAGUGGAACACAGGGUUCGUCAGUAUAGCUUAGGCGGUGUGAGAGUGCAGGGAACUGGCCAUCUCCAUUCCCAAUUCCAGUCUUUUCAUUCGAUGUUGCACUGAGGCUGUCUAACGGGGACGCUUCGUUCAAGGAAAGUGGAGUACUUCUCACUGUACCACGGGAGAUGAAAAUCGCCAUCUUGGACAACCUAGCUCAGGCAAUGUUUUCCUACAAGGCCUACCCAACGACUCAAGAAAUUGAAUCAGUUGCUGCUGCACUGAUUGAGAAACACCCAUCUCUUGCUGACCCAGGAGAUGGAACUGGCUUUCACAGCUGGGCCAUGAGCAUUAGAUAUAAGCUUGGCAACUACCGCCAAAAGCUACGGAUGGCAGGCUGUAAUGAAGUUAGGGUAAACCAAAGAAGGGACGCAGAGGUGACCAGAUGUCUAAAGAAAGCCAGAAGGUGUGAGGUGAACUUUCUUCCAAACAAUCCAGAAGGGCAAACUGACGAAUCACAAGAAAGGGAAAGGAAAUUAAUACAGGAAGAAGUUCUAAAAAGACUUCCAAACAAGACCCUGAUUGAAUCCAAAAUGGAAGCUACUUUUUCCCUACGCAGGAAGGGUAUUGUGGAGGAAGAACCGCCUAUUGCCGAAGUCUUGGAGAAGUGGCCAGCAUUGUUUUUGGAAGAA